GUCCGUUUAAAUGAAUUAUAAAAUAUGAAAUUAGCAUUUGGUUGUAUACUUUUAAGUUUAAUAAGUUUUAUUAGCAGCAUUUUUGGAUAUAGACAACAUGAUAGAAAAACGCACCAGGAUGUUCAAACAGGACAUGAAAGACAUCGGCCCUCAAAUAGACCUGAAAAUCUUCGAUAUUGGAAAAAGUCAGAUUACGAUUUGAAGAAAUCUUCCACUAAUAAUUUGGGAACGUUUAAUUUACAAUUCAAAAAUAAAUAUUCAGGUGAAAUCGACAUAGAAAAGAAGAAGCCUAACAGAAAUACAUACGGAAGCAUACAUCGAAUAAAAAACCCAAAAUUACGGAACAUUUUCUAAGGAUCUUCAAAUCAAAAAAAUAUAUCUAAUCUAUAGAGAGUACCCCAACAUUUUGUCAAAGAACGGUAUUAAACUCUUUUGAUAUAGGUA